GCUGACGUCACGCCGACGUAGGGUGUCGGGCUGGAGAAUUCGCGGCGAUGGCGACGACGGCUCUGCGCUGGAAGGGGACGCGGUGAAGCUGGCCUCGGCUCGGAUAUGACUCAUGUCUGCUUGACCCAGCUCGCUUUGCUGCUCGGUAACUGCAUGGGCUUCGGAUGAAUCUUCUGCUGCCGACUUCUCGACGCUGGUUUUGGCUGAUUUCCAUGUCUGACUUGUGAGAGAUUCCAAUCAGGAUCAUCAGGACUGCUUCUCACCGAUCGUCUGUGGCGGAUCCAGGUCCGAGUUUCUCGUUGGAUUACCCACACUCCUUCACAGGGGCCAUGGAGGAGGAGGGGCAGCAGAGCCUGGAGUGCAUCCAGGCCAAUCAGAUCUUUCCCAAGAAGUCCCCCGUCCUGGAGGAAGAAAACAUGCAGGUGCCCUUUCCUGAGCUGCACGGGGAGUUCACGGAGUACGUGGGGCGAGCAGAGGAGGCCAUCAUCGCCCUGUCCAACUACCGCCUCCACAUCAAGUUCAAAGAGUCCGUGGUCAACGUUCCUCUUCAGCUCAUCGAGAGCGAGUGUCGGGACAUGUUCCAGCUUCACGUCACCUGCAAGGACUGCAAAAUCGUCAGGUGUCAGUUCUCCACCUUUGAGCAGUGUCAAGAGUGGCUGAAGCGGCUGAACGCGGUGGUGCAUCCCCCCUCUCGCCUGGAGGACCUGUUCUCCUUCGCCUUCCACGCCUGGUGCAUGGAUGUGUACGCCGGGGAGAAGGAGCAGCACGGCGAGCUGUGCCGACCGGGCGAACACGUGACCUCGUGGUUCAAGAACGAGGUGGAGAGGAUGGGCUUCGACACUCAGAACGCCUGGAGGAUAUCUGACAUCAACAGCAAGUUCAGGCUUUGUCCCAGCUACCCUCAGCAGCUGCUGGUGCCAGCCUGGAUCACCGACAAGGAGCUGGAAAAUGUGGCCGCCUUCCGCUCCUGGAAGAGGUUUCCCGCGGUGGUUUACAGGCACCAGACCACGGGGGCGGUGAUCGCCCGCUGCGGCCAGCCGGAGGUCAGCUGGUGGGGGUGGAGGAACUCCGACGACGAGCACCUGGUCCAGUCCAUCGCCCGGGCGUGCGCCGUGGACGGCAGCUCCCGCAGGCACCUCCCCAACGGCGGCUACACCAACGGCUCCGACCUGCCCGACACCGACUUCGAGUCCUCCAUGACCAACAGCUCGGAGGUGGAGACUCUGGCCAUCCAGCCCCACAAGUUGCUCAUCCUGGAUGCCAGAUCGUACGCUGCUGCCGUGGCUAACAGGGCCAAGGGGGGCGGCUGCGAGUGCCCGGAGUACUACCCCAAUGAGGUGGUGUUUAUGGGAAUGGCCAACAUCCACUCCAUCCGCAAGAGUUUCCAGUCCCUGCGUUUCCUCUGCACUCAGAUGCCCGAUCCAGCCAACUGGCUGUCUGCUCUGGAGAGCACCAAGUGGCUGCAGCACCUGUCCCUGCUGCUGAAGGCGGCCCUGCUGGUGGUCAACGCGGUGGCGGACCAGCGGCCCGUCCUGGUGCACUUCGACGGCUGGGACCGCACGCCGCAGAUCGUGGCUCUGUCCAAGCUGCUGCUGGACCCGUAUUACCGCACCAUCGAGGGCUUCCAGGUGUUGGUGGAGACUGAAUGGCUGGACUUCGGCCAUAAGUUUGCCGACCGGUGCGGCCACGGGGAGAACUCGGAGGACCUGAAUGAGCGCUGCCCCGUCUUCCUGCAGUGGCUGGACUGCGUUCACCAGCUGCAGAGGCAGUUCCCAUGCUCCUUUGAGUUCAACGAGGCCUUCCUGGUGAAGCUGGUGCAGCACACCUACUCCUGCCUGUUCGGCACCUUCCUGUGCAACAGCGGUAAGGAGAGGGAGGACCGCCACGUCCAGGAGAGGACCUGCUCCGUCUGGUCGCUGCUGAGGCCGGCCAACCGCACGCUGAGGAACAUGCUGUACUCCUCUCACUCCGAGAUCGUACGUCCUCCACCCGUGUGUCACGUGCGGAACCUGAUGCUGUGGACGGCGGUCUACCUGCCCAGCUCCUCCCCCACCACGCCCUCCGACGACUCCUGCGCCCCCUACCCGGUGCCCGGCGCCGGCCCGGAGGACGCGCCCCUGGGCAGACGCACGAAGACUCGCUCUUUCGACAACUUGCCCAGCGCGUGUGAGCUGGGAAGCUCGCUGCCGCCCAACCGGCGCUCCAGCGACCCCAGCCUCAACGAGAAGUGGCAGGACCACCGGCGCUCUCUGGAGCUCAACAUGGGGGCGGGGCCCGACGGAGGGGCCGGCCAGGACCAGGAGGCGCGGCCCAACGGAGUGGGGCCUCAUCCGGACGGGCCGGACUCCGAACUGGACGACAGCCCGCAGCCUCGGGGUCAGGCGGCCUCCGGGAACCCGGCCGGCGAGGAGAGGGAGGCGGAGCUCUCCGUGGCGGUGGGCGUGGGAGGGCAGAUGGAGAACAUUCUCCAGGAAGCCACAAAGGAGGAGGCGGGAGCCGCCGUCUCCGGCGUCGCUAACGGCGACACCGAGGAGAAAGCCGAGGCGGGCGUCGAGGCGGAGCGUCGCUCUGAGGACGGUGACGGGACGGAGCUGCAGAUACUCGCCAACGGCCACCUUCCUCCUCCUCAGAACGGUGUGAGCGACCCGGAGGAGGAGGAGGAGGACGAGGCUCCUCUCGGCGCCACGCAGAAGGACACGGAGCCGGACGAGCGUCCUGCCGAGGAGCCGCCGGGCCAGGCGGCCCAGCAGAAUGUAGAGGACUCCUCUGCUCAGGAGGACGUUGCAAACGGACCCGGCGAGCCCGAGCCCGCCUCCGCACGAAGAACUUUAACCAAUGGAUUUGUGGACACGUCCCCCGAAGACACGCACCCCGACUCGGACUCGGAGGCGGCGGAGCCACUGGACAAGAGGAUCUCGCUCAUGGAAAGUUCCACGGAGACUUUAACCGAAGAGGCCUGCGGCAGGUCGGAUCAGACGCCCGUCUGUCCGAACCGGCAGCCCUGCGGCGACGGCCGGGCCCCGCCGCCCUGCCCCAGGAGGGAGGGCCCCGGAGCCGACGAGCACGGCCUCGGCAGGACUUUAAACGGGGGCUGCAAGCGCCCCUCCGUCAGUGCCUUUCAGAGUUCGAGCGCCGACGCCGGCAGGGGAGGACGGCUCGACGGAGAGCCCGGCGGCGGCCCCCACUGGGCCAAAGGGAACGGCGAGCCCCCCCUCAGCCGACAGGUGUCCCUGGCGAGCUGCAACUCGCUGAUCCUCCACCCGCGGGGCGGCUGCCCGCAGCACCGCUGCUGCCACGCCGCGGCGGGCCGGGCCGCCGUCAGCCCCGAGCAGCCGGCCCGCAGCCACCUGGACGACGACGGCCUCACGCUGCACGCGGACGCCGUCCAGCAGCGGCUGCGGCAGAUCGAGGCGGGUCACCAGAUGGAGGUGGAGAGCCUGAAGAAGCAGGUGCAGGAGCUGUGGAGCCGCCUGGAGAACCAGCAGCACGCCGGCUUCCACAGGAUCAACGGGGACGUCGGAGACGAAGUGACCUCCAUGACGGACUCGGAGUUCAACCUGGACGCCAACUGCUUGUCGCGCUGCAGCACCGAGCUCUUCUCCGAGGCCAGCUGGGAGCAGGUGGACAAGCAGGACACCGAGGUGACCCGCUGGUACCCCCACCUGGCGGCGCAGUGCUACGGCUGUGAGAGCAGGUUCUGGCUCGCCACCAAGCACCACUGCAGUGGCAGGGAGCCUGUCCAGGAGGUCUGGAACUGCGGUAACGUGUUCUGCGCCAGCUGCUGCGACCAGAAGAUCCCCGUGCCAGCCAGCAGCUGUUCCAGCCCAGGCCGCGUCUGCAAGAGCUGCUACAGCAGCCUGCGGCUCGCCCCCGCCCCCCUGGACCUGGAGCUGGAGCUGGACACGCCCAUCACGGCCAGCUCCACCUGAGCGCCGCCGCACCCACUGGCCCGGGGACUGCGAGUGUGUGUGUGUGUGUGUGUGUGUGUGUGGUUUUUUUGUGUGUGCGAGGGGAAAUCAUCUCACUGUGAGGGACGGGCGCCCGGCCAUCAGUCCAGAGGAACGAGGACUUUUAGCUUUUCUCA